UCAGCAAAAGCACUUGACAUGAGUAAGUUAAGAGCAGAUAUUACAUGGAAUAAUCGUUCUAAAUCUGAAGAAUUAGAAGAGGAAGAUUUGUUUAAUUUGGAAGAGGAUUUAAACCAUUUAGAAGAAUUUGGUAAAUAUUUAGAUGG